UCUAAUACAUUUUACAUGUAAAUAUCAAUAAUUAAAUUAUUUUUUUAAAGUUAAUAAGUGCAUAUUUAUAUGCUGAAAACCCCCCACCAGACUUUCUUCGAUUAGUUUUAUGGUAGUGUGUGUACAUGUAGAGCUUAAAAAGUUGUGCAUAAUUUACUACCUAAUAAUUGAUUCUUAUCACACAGAAAUCUCUUGUGGGACACAAAGUGAAAAAGAUCGUUUGCCGAGACUUAAUGGAAAAGUUAAUUUAAAACAAGUUUCCAGUCCUUGGUACAGAAUGAUUUGAAUAAUUAACACUUUAUGGCAACCAAGAAGUCAUAGUGAUCAGUUGAUUAUAUAUCAGGAGAAAUGCUCCUGCGAAACAAUGCCAUGACACUGGCACCAAUUUGUUCCCAGCAGAGAGAACUAAUUACAGAAGCAGACUGCACUUGAAAUGGCUUUAAAAAUACACACCACAAAAGUGUUGAACAGUGUGACGGCAAUACACCACUGAAACACGUAGUGAGGAUCGCUGGUGUCUUUUUUACUCACUUACCAAACAAAUGAGAAGUCGUACUUUAAAAUGACUUUACACUCGUUUUAGCCCUCAUUACAAAUUUUUGUCAAACCAACAAGAGGAAAAUUCACAAGUUCCGAGAAGCGUGUUAUAAUGGCAUAAUCAUUACAUCUGAUCAAUGAGAUUUAAUGGUAAGCCAGAUCUACUGUAGUGUAUACAAUAGGGGGUGAGAACACAUGUGGAAAAAAAAGAGAGAGAGAAAAAGAAGUGCGAAUCACCUCUCUUUAUCACUUAUUAACGGUCUUUUUAUCUUCCGUAGGAACCAGUAAUGUAAACAAGCACAUUCCAACUCUACUAGUAGUAAUAAAAUAGGAGAACAAGUGACCGUGUGUUGAAUCAUGAACUUUCCAUAUAGCAUUUACAUAAAGUGUAUCGUAAUGAUUGUAAUGUAUCUUAAGAAAAUCAAUGCUAGCUCGACAUCCAAGUUGGUGCUAACGGCACCGCGGAAUGAGACCUUCCUUGUCUAUUUCAAUCCUACGUCGAUCAAUAGCCUCAAUGUACAUUCGCACUCGAGUGUUCAGUUCAACUGCUCACUGCUUACACCAGGCCUUGCAGCACAAGGGCAGAACAACACCUCCAAAGAGCAGCCUCCUCCCAAAUGUGCCCAGUACCGGCUCCUGGUCGUGUCCAGUGAUGCUAAAGUGGCUGUGCCGAGCAUCGCGCCACGACAUGACAUUGACUCCAUGGAGGGUAGGCAGAGAUACGCUAUAAUGUCCAUAGGGGCUGACCGCGAUCACAACUUCACCAUCGAAGCUAUGCACGUUGGCCGUGUGACCAUGUCUGUGGCUCUUCUCAACAUGGAUCACAAUCUCAUGGAUGUGCAGCGAUCCCACCUAGUGCAGGCUGUUUCGGUGACCGUCAAACGGGAGCGACGCCUCGCCGACCUGGUUUUCGACAGUUCCAGUGCAGCCGUAGCUAUUCUGAUAAGUUUUGGAAUCGGAUGUGUCACGGACAUGGACAGCCUGAAGAAGCAGCUGAAAUACCCCGUGUCACUCGUCAUCGGAUUCUGCUGCCAGUUCAUCCUCAUACCAGUGGUUGCAUUUGGUCUGGCCAUGAUUCUGCCAGUGGACAAGGAUGUGCGGUUUGGACUGCUGUGUGUGGCGUGUGUGCCAGGAGGAGGCUUUGGACACGUGUCCAUCGUCAUCGGUGGCGCUGAUGUUCCUCUCAGUCUCACCAUGAACAUGAUCAGCAUUGUGGCAAUGCUUGGCACUGCACCACUAUGGAUAUUCGUUCUUGGUCAGUACUUUCAGAGAGGAAUGGAAGAAAAAGCUGCUCGAAUCAUUCCAAUUUACAAUUUUGAAAUAUGGCUGGCAUCCACCUUCUUUGCAUACACACUUGGAUUAGUAGUAAACCGAUUCAAACCCAUAGUAGCUGAUGCAAUUCUAAUGUGGCUCAUCAAGCCCCUCCUGCUGCUGGCGACGAUCCUGUUCAUCACUCUUGGAGUAUACAUCAACAUGUAUGUGUUUGAGAUGAUCGACAACUACACAUUACUUGGAGCCAUAUUACUACCUCUGUGUGGCUGUGGGACGGGCUUCAUACUGUCGGUGGCAUGUCGUCAGAAGGUUCGCUUUAUAAAAUCAAUCGCUCUGGAAUCCUCAAGUUUCAACUGCCUCAUUGUUCUGGCAGCGCUUCGAUUCUCGUUACCGCAGCCUGAUGCAGAUUUGGCAUCAUCCAUACCGAUGUGGGUCAUGUUCACGAUGCCUGGCUUGUACAUCUGUCUAGCAAUAUUGCAAAAAAUCAAAUCAUGGAUAGACAAUUUCAUAGAGAGCAGACGCGAAAAGCAAUGUCUUGACUACAGUGUUGUUUCGGGGGUGAUAAAUCCAACAGGGAUAGCGGCACUGUCUGUGCCAUUGUUUGUUACAGAUGGGUCAGAUGAGGAGGAAAACCGACCCAAUGAGAAAGUGACAGUAUUAUAGCUGUACUAGGGAAAAAUGGAAAUUUGUAUUAAUGCAAAAACAAAAAAAAGCUUAUGAAAAAAAAUACUCAGGCAAUUUGUAGAGUGUGAUGUACAUGUACAUGUAUGUAUUAAUGCAAUGAAUAACGAAAUCUUAAGUCUUAAAUGUUUUCAGUUAACCAAGGUUUGGAUUGUUCCUGUCGCAUUAAAUGAUCAUGGCUGAAAUUUGUGUACACAUACUAUCAGAAGGUUGCCAGAUUUCAUGAUAUAAUGAUUAUAUUGACAAGUAUUGUUAGAAGCCAUGUACCAUACAUACACAUUCCAUAUUUGACUAUGUCUAAGAAAUAAUCAUGGUUGAUAUAUGCAGAUCAUUAUUAAAAACCAUGUACAUGCAAUACAAUAGUGUGACAUGGUUUUUCAUGUUUUAUUCAAAAUUCUAAAAUGUAUACUUCAGAAUAAUGGUUUUCAGAAACAGUAUUUAAAAAAUGGUGGAAAAACUUAUUGAUCCAUAAAACAAUUAUCUAACUGCAGGAAUUAUUGCCAAUCACGCCUAGCCAGUUUUUGACAAGACAGAGGAAAGAUCUAAACAACCAAAAAAUUUCUUUCUUUUUUUAAUAAACAUGUAUAUACAUACAUAUGCAUGUUUGCUAGCAAACCUGAAAUUAUUAACUUAAUGCAAAUACAGGUAACUUCAGUGAAAAAAAAAACAUUCCCAACAGCCCAAAAUGCACCAUUAAAUAAUAAUUACGUAGUUUUUAAAAUGCAAAAAGAAAUUUUAAAAAGUAAGAAAGAAAUUAUUUGAUAUUAUUUAAUAUUAUAAUAACUACGUUUAAAAAAGUUCAUGUUGUAUAAAUCACUGUUUUUUUAUAUUUACCAAUAUUGAAUAUAAUGAAAUAAAAAUGGCAUAAUUUAGACUGUAAGGCCAUUGUACUGGCUUCUUUCUCACUAUCUACUAACAACUAACCAUUAACCCACUGUUCUGAACAGACAGUAAAGAUGGCUUAAGUGUGUAUCCAGGACUGUGCUUGUACCUUAAAAUUUCAAUGGAUAUACAGACCUCACUGUUUGUGGGGAGCUGUCACUCUUGCUCCCCAUCACUCCCUUGAGAUUAGUCCAAAGAGAGUAACUUUUAGCUCAUCUUAGUGUUUGAAUUAAUGUGGUACCAGUAUGAUACUAUCUUAAACACCUUGCUGUUUAAGGGGAGAUGUCACUCUUGCUCCCCAUCACUUCCUUGAGAUAGUUCAAAGAGAAUAACUUUUAGCUCCUCUUAGCAUGUGAAUUUAUGUGGUACCAGUACGAUACUAUCUUAAAUUAUUACAUAAUGUAUAUUAACUUCAUUUAAUAUUGCCAUAAUUUUUUUUUUUUAAUAUUGCCACAAUUGUUUGCUAGCAAAUAGCAAAAUAAUGUUGAAAUAACUAACAUAAUAUUUUAUCCACUUUAACCCACAUACAUGUGUAUAUUCUCCGUCUUUCUUGGUAUAGUACAUGUAAUUCGUAUAAAUAUUUUCUGAAGUCUUUAACUCUGAGUCUAACAUUUUUAGAUUUUUGGGGUCAUGUUUGAAUAUGCAGAUGUUUGUGAUGACCUACUUACUGAUACUAUGUUCUAUUUAGCAAUAAAUAUAUUGGCAUUGCACCAAGUCUAUAUUUAUAAUUUUAUCAUUGCAAUGACUAUGGGUUCUUUUUUCUUAAUGCACUACUUUUCAUUUGACAUUAGCUGUCUAUGGUUACAUUGUUUUGACUUCAAAGUAUGAUCAUUGUUGUAUGUGAAUUGUUUAUUGUUCCGAUUUUAUGGAACACACAUAUAUAAAGUGUUUUCAUGUAUUGUGAUUCAUCAAGAAUUCAUUGAUAAUUGGUCUUAAAUCAACAAGAGCUAUUUUAUUUCUAAUUACAGAUAUUAAGGCAUUAGAAGAUUACAGUUUUAAUUUUAAAAUGUUAUUAUUAAUGACACUAAAAGAUGGCACAUCAAUUUCAAGUUAACGCUGUAUAUAAUUAUUACACUAUUGCUUCAUUUUUAAAACCGAUUCCUAUAAUUAUUACUACAAAUACAUGCAGGUGUCAUUUUCUCAGUAUAGUUAAAUAUAUUAAAAAUACUGUAGGAUUUAUAAUGAUUAUAUUCAUACACUUACAUAAUAUGUAUAUAUUACUAGAUAUGUAAUAUUACCAGUAUGACAUUGAUAGGAAUAUUAGGCUAAUGCUAGUUUUAGCAUACUUGUAGCAUUAUGCUAGGCUCAGACUGUCAACUGUUACGACGAAGAUGGCUAACUCGACGGUUGCUUUGUAAUUUCCCCAACUCCAGACUUAAAUGGGCAUGCUCAGAUUAAAAACUAAUGGGUUAUAUGAUGAGAAUCAAGAUGUAAGAGUGCUCAAACUAGCAACUGGACAGUUGUAGAAGUCAUGACAGCAAAAGUUGGCCAACUUUCUGCAGGCAGUUAGUAGUCUGCCCCUAGCAUUAAUUCAGUGAUUAACCAUCUUGUAUGAUUGAUAUUAAAACUAUUAAAGAAAUCUAUAAUUUAAAAAGGCCAGACAAGAAAUGUAUUCUAACCAGUGCCAACCCGGUAAUAUAUCUGAUCUCAUUUUCUUUUAUAUUACAGCCAAAUGUUAUUUUGUAUGUCACAGCCAAGUGUUAUUUUUUAAUAAUCACACAAAAGUUCUUAUUAAUAUUGAUUCUCUAUAUGUUUUUAAGAUAAAACGUCAACCAAAGAUAUCAGUCAUGAGAUACAAUUUUGUUUGGCCCUAAGUGGGUUUGUGUUAUUAGCACAACUAACUUUGGCACUCGCCAAAUUCAUCAAUUGUGUAUUUAAAUUUUGUGAAAUAUGAUUGAUAAUUUAUUGAAAAAUAACUGAGGGUUUCUGUAAUUUUGUUUAAUGUUAUUGAUAAUUUGAUGCCAUUUUCUACUAGCCCAGAGCUAGCCCAGAAACAGAAUACCAAUAAACUGCCAUGGUAACUAUAUAUUUACUAAACUCCAUAUAACAUAUUAUUAAGUUUAAAGUUUAAAUUAAAUAAACUGUAUUGCUAGAAAACAAGUUUCUUAACAAAUUACCAUCAAACAACAUAUCUUAAUGUUCUUUUUUAAUGAAGGAAAACACCAUUUUUAAUGGCUUGACACAGAAGUAUUCUGGAUUAAACUCAUGUUUGUAUUAUCACUCAUUCAAAAUAAAAUAGUUUUAAAUUGUUUUCCAUAAUUUGCAUCAAACAUCAUACUUAAAUGUAAUAUAAUCUACAUGUAUAUAUGUGUUACAUUAUUUAUAUUGAAAAUUAUACAAAACGAUUAGAAUUUAGAAUUCUAAAUAAAUGUAUUGUAUUUUAACAUGCAUUUAAUUUGUAUAAAUGCAUUUAAUGUACCAUAAAUAAGGUAUCAUAAAUUUUAUGCAAUGUAUGUAGACAUUAAAUUUUUUUAAAUUAAAAUUUGAGUGACAUUUGAACUUCAGAUGGUCUUAAUUUUUGAGAAGUGCAAUGUGGUCAAAGCCUAAAUCUAAAAUGAUAUGAAAGCUGAUUUUUAGAUAUCCUAGAAUGUGACGAACAGCAUCGAGAUACCUACCACUAUCACCCAGCCCCUCUAAGUAGCUCAUAAACUAUUAUUAUUAAACAUUAUUUAUAUUUGUUUACCAUUUGCUUAAGGUCGAUGACAGACAAUCUUGCAUGGUUUAAGCUGCAUUUCACUAAAUAUUAUUUUAAGCUAAAUUUAGCAAAGAUAUGUUAUUACCAAUUUGCCAAAAAGCUCAUUCGAAAACCGUGUUGUUUGUAUGUGUAUAGCUAUUUUGAAAAAGAAUUAUGUUUAGCUAAAUUGUACUUGAAUUUGGCUACAGAUUUUGUUAUCUAAUUUGCCAAAUUGCUAGUAAUUUUUGGCAUCCACCUUAAACCAUAAAUCUUGGCACCAUCAUUUUGCUUCCAACACAAUAAAUAUAUCUUACCAUAAAUUCACUUAUGUUCUAUUUCGUAAAUGGUACAAUUUUUCAAUUAUAAUAGUGUUGUCAGUUAUGGUUAGAUGCAUUAAUAAUCCUUCAAUAAACUAUUUUUCUAGUGUUCUGAAAAUGGAAGUGUCAUGCACUCAAUUUAUUAUUAUCAUAGGGAAACUCAAAGUGAUGUCUUUUGAAUACUGACAUCAUUCAAAUUCAAAAACAGCUAUAAUGUGAGCUACAGAUAUGGGAUGUUGUUAUUGUAGGUUAGCUCCACACAUGCAAAACAAAUUAUCAGUUCCGUAUUCAGCACAAAACUGGUAUGUUUUUAUUUUUCAUAAGUAUAGAAACAAAAACUAAGUAUGUUUAACAAAAGUAUCAGUGAGAUACAUGACACAUUUGUCAUGUAUUAAUGUAUGUGCUACAUGUAUAUGUAUGACUGGAUUAUAAUUUGUGCAAUGGGAUGGAUUAACACAAUGUGCAGUAACCCAGAUAUGCUACAUCAUACCACCAUCCCAAGUUGUAUUUGCAUGCAAGGCUUGAUAAUCUUAUAUCAAUUGAUAAGGAAGAUAUGGCCUAGACAAGAAAUUAUUUUAAUGUGUAGUGACCUAGUUAUGUUAUGCAGCACACUAUCAUCCCAACUUAUACUUGCAUGCAAGGUUUGAUGAUGAUAUAUGAAUUAAGGAAGAUGUGCCUCAAAAGGAAAAGUUAACUAUACAGAUCAACAGACAUAUGGACAACAUCAUACCAUAUAAUUUGUCAAAGACAGGCACACAAAAAUAUCACACACAAAAUUUCUACCAUUUCUUACAUGUAAAUACAAAACUGCAAAAAAUGAGCAUGGGAUAUGUUAUAUUUGCUGUGUAUGAAGUAAAAAUGAAGGUGAAAAAACUGCCAUCGAUCUUAGUUCACAAUUUUCUCUGAUAUUUGUUCUAUAAAUACUUGUGUUAUCUUUACACAACACGACUGCUGGUUUUGUUUUUGCUAAAGUAUUACUAAAGAUGUAUAAUUAGAUAUGGUGGAAACAAAUACAUUGUAAUGAAUAAUUAAGGCUUAACUACACUCCAGCACAAACGAUACAUCAGCUAUCAUUGGAAUAACAAUAAACAACAGUUGUAAUAAGCAAGAUUCAGUCUGUUGUUGUCAUAAUAUUAUCAUAUGCUAAAUUACAUAUAGUAUGAAAAAAAAGAGCUUGAUACGACUCUGACUGGUAGACUCUGACUGGUAACUGGACUCGCAACUUCAAUUUUGAAUUAUUAUGAUUGUUCGUAUAUACUGUGUUCCAUAUGUAUAGGUAUGAGAGUGAAGUAUUACUAUGCAAAACAUUCCUAGAAUUAACUGACCAAUAAAUUGCUGUUAGCUGUG